UUGACUGGUCAGAGGCGUUGACUACUUGAGAUUCAACCAGGCCGUACAGUCCCCUGUAUGUACUAUAAUUGACUCAUCCUCUUGCUUUUUUAGAUAUCUGAUUGCACUUAAGUGUUUUUUGCACAUUCACCCAACCCUGCGAGGCCUUCCAGUGCACGCCUGACGUGUCGAGGCCAGACGGGGAUACUGCCCCCUGAAAGAGAAGGCUUAAGUGACUGGAUUGGGAGUGCAUCUCAUAUUGCGAUGGCUGAGCCCAACUUCCCGCCACUGCCUGGCUUCAUUCCGCUCAAGCCCUGCUUCUACCAGGACUUUGAUGAGAUCCCCGAGCAGCACCGCAGCUUGUGCAAGAAAAUGUACCACCUGUGGAUGUUAAACGGCGUCACGCUGGCAGUCAAUCUUGUGGGCUGCUUCGCGUGGAUGUUCGGAGGAGGGGGCGUGACCAAUUUUGGCCUGUCAAUCAUAUGGCUGCUGAUGUUCACGCCCUGCUCGUAUGUGUGCUGGUUCCGGCCCAUUUACAAGGCUUUCAGGAGUGACAGUUCGUUCAACUACAUGCUGUUCUUCUUCGUGUUCAUGGCUCAAGUGGGUAUCAGCAUCAUUCAAAGCAUCGGCAUCCCGGGAUGGGGAGUGUGCGGCUGGUUGGCCACUAUCUCCUUCUUCAGUUACAAUAUAUUGAUAGCUCUGAUUAUGUUGGUGCCUACUGUCAUGUUCACCGCCGUGGCCUCGUUGUCCUUCAUCGCCCUCACUAAGAUCCACAACUUCUACCGCGGGAGCGGGGGCAGCAUGACCAAAGCGCAGGAGGAGUGGACCACGGGGGCCUGGAAGAACCCUCACGUCCAACAGGCCGGCCAGCAGGCCGCCAUCGGGGCGGCCAGUGGCGCCAUGCAGGAUCAGUACCCGGCCCCGCAGUACAACGACAACCAGAUGUAAGACACAGGUGACGCAUUAGUCACACUACCAUCGGGGCCAAAGUAUGAAGAGUAGACUCAUUCAUCAGCUCGCUCAAGUUUGAAAUGAAUGAUUCAGAGUUUUCAAGCCACCUCAUCAUUUGGCCAACAAAUAAAAACCUUUUUUCCAACUUUUAUAUAUUUUCACAUGAUUUAAAGUGAAUCCAAACAUAUUCCCGGUUUGGCAUUCGCGAAUUUGCCAACUGACAGAUUUCUUAUUUGGGACCUACGCUCCAUUAUUAGCUGAAAAACUCACCUAUUGGCUGCUUUUGUGCUUAGGCCAAAGCAUUUAGCGCCAUCUGGUGCCAUCUUUGGGCCAAAAACUGUUGAAGUGAGUUGAGGAGCUUCAAGUAGAAAAAAGUAGUCUUUCUGAUUUUCACUGUUCACGGCAGGGCUCGGUCCCUAACACCUGAAAAUAGCGGGGUUCACUGUAAUUGGUGACAACUGCUUGUGCUGUUCGCACAUCUGCCUCACAGCUCUGAGGACCGGGGUUCAAUCCCCGGCCCCGCCUGUGUGGAGUUUGCAUGUUUUCCCCGUGCCUGCGUGGGUUUUCUCCGGGCACUCCGGUUUCCUCCCACAUCCCAAAAAGAUGCAUGGUAGUUUAAUUGACAACUCUAAAUUGCCCGUAGGUGUGAAUUUGAGUGCGAAUGGUUGUUUGUUUCUAUGUGCCCUGCGAUUGGCUGGCAACCAGUUCAGGGUGGACCCCGCCUCCUGCCCGAUGAUAGCUGGGAUAGGCUCCAGCAUACCUGCGACCUUAGUGAGGAUAAGCGGUACGGAAAAUGAAUGAAUGUCAAAACUAUAGUAAAAUGUUUUGCAUUUUUGAAUGAAAAGCUGAAAAUAAAUCUAAAAGUUGUAUUUUUACAAGGAUAGCUGCAAAAGCAAAAGCCAUAAAGUUAUAGGAAUGAAGUUACAAUAUUGCUAGAAUAAACUUGUAAUAUUUGUACACAAAAAAUAUUUUUUUUAGAACAUGGAAAAAACAGUUACGAGAGAAAAAAGUAAUAUUUUUUUUUACAAGAAUAGUCAUUUAACAUAAAUAAAUGUCUCAAUAAAGUCUAAAUAUUGCAAGGAAAAAAAAAAUACUUGCACGAUAAUAAAGUCUAUCCUUGGAAAAGAUGCUGGAAUAUUUUUCAACGUAUGAGAGUCAUAUUGCAAGAAAAAAGUGGAAGUAUUAUUUUAGUUAUUUAUUAUUUAUUUUUUAAGUAUUAGAGGACAAUACUGUAUAUUAUUUUAAAACAAUGUUGCAGUUACAAGAGAAUAAAGUCCUGGUAGCAAACGUUGCAUUUAGGUUGAUGUGGGAAUUUUCAUACUUCCUCAUUCCAAUUACAAAUUUAUUCUCGUAACCUUAUUAUUUUUGUAAAAUGUUUCAGUGAACUUUUUUCUCAAAACAUUAUUUUGUCUGUGUUUCUAUUUAUUUAUGUUUUGGAUAGUCAUUUUCAUUGGUUGUGUUCUUUUCGUUGUGGCUCUAUUUAGUAACUGAACCGUGACCAUCUGCAUUAUUGUUGGUAAUAUUUCGAACUAUUUUAAUUUUAAUCCUAUUUAGUCUAUAUGUAACAUAAACAUUAAUGUAGUUUAUUACGAGACUUUUAAGGUUUUGUUUUUAAAAUUGUCAUUCAAUAUAGUUUGUGAUGUUUUAUAAAACCACAUGUACAGUAUAGCAUAUGACCUGCCUCUUGCUAUGUGCCUGUUUGACCACAGGGAAGCGU